AUGCAUGCACUAACAUUAGACCCGUCAGCAGAAGAUUGCAGCAGCAGCAACUUUCAAGAAUCGACGCGACGUCCUGCACUACCACCACUAUCAUCGCUACCAACACCACCAGCACCGGCACCGUCGACGUUAUCGACAGCUGCAGCAAACAAUCCCAGUCACCAAACCAGCCACCAACUGCGACGUCAGCAGUUUCCAGGGCGCAAAGCACAACGUCACCGUGGCCUACUAGCCAGUACCAUUUCCGCAUCCCCGGAACGACAUGGCGAUGACACCGAGAAUGCGUGUUCGGUGGCACUGGUAACGGAACGACCGCUAGCAGCAGCAGAAAAUGAUAACGUGGCAACGGUUCAACCCGAACAACCGAGUGAUAACGGACAGUUGAACAGUGGAACGGUGGACGAAAAGACUCGUCGGUACAAUCGCAUCAGCAUGAUAAUCAUUUACGGGCGCGAGGUGCUCUGCAUACUGGCCCUUAUUCUAACUACGUACGCGACGAUCCAGAACAGUCCGCCGAAAAUAUCCAAGGCACCGCCACCAGUUCCAUUCUUUUCGAAGGGUUCACUAGUGAACGAUUGGCCAACCGGUGCACUAGGGACGACACAGACGCGCGUUUCCGUAUCGGAACUUUCGCUCGUCCUGUACUAUGCACCGUGGUGUGCGGAAAGUCAAUAUGCGCGACACGCGUACGAACGCGUAGCACAGCUGUACUACCGCGAGGCACACUUUGCCGCCAUCAACUGCUGGCAACCGGGUGGAGAAUGUCGCGCACGAUACACCAAGGUCCAAUCGUGGCCCGUGCUGAUGGCGUACCAACCGAGCGGCUUGGCAGUACAGUAUCAUCAAGCAUGGACUACGGCUGCACUGUCCCGUUUUAUGCAAUCACUAAUGCUCCCAAUGCAUCGUUUCGGCAGUCCCGGGGAUCUAAUGGAUCACAUGACCGGGAAGGAUGCUGUAUUGGUCGUAUUUUUAGAUGUGGAAAAGGAUAGCAAACUUUACCAGCGUUACUAUCAAGCUUCAUUGAAAUGGCUUGAGAAGGAUCCGUUCCAGGAAGUAUCGUUUGGAGUCGUGACGGGCCAGUCUUCCAAAUUGUUUGGCGUUGAAACGGUCCCCUCGAUCCGAUUGUACCUGUGGAAUGAAACAAUUGAAUAUGAAGGAAAUAGUCCCUGGACACCGCAGGAUCUUAUCGGUUGGGUUCAUAAACAUCUUCACGUAGUGUCAAUGUGGAUUGCACCACCGGGGAACGUAAAAUCGACCACACUUGCACCUUACUUACGGCAAGGUCCGGUGCUGAUGCUACUCACUCCUCGUCCACUGUACGAAGACAGUUCCGACGCGUACAUGAUGCUGCGGCAGCUCAGUAUGCAGUACUACAACUGUCCGGGUGAUGCAUGGAUAUUGGAAAUGGCACGCGAAUACAUCGCAGAGCAGCGAACGGCAAACACGGCACGAUACGUUGAAAAGCGUGAUCACUGUGUGCGUGUACUGGGACGUCAUCCAUCGCAGGAGGAGGAAGACGGCGAAGGUCCUCCGGGUAGCCAUCGAUACCGUCGCAACAGGUGCAAGGACGGGUUCAAGUCGACCGUAUCGGUAUCGUUCGUGAAUGUGCUCAACUCUUCAAAGUUUGUUGAUGGCAAACCGGUGGACGGAAAGCCUUCAGCAGAGGAAUACUGUGACAUUGCGCCGGCUGUGGGAUGCGGAAAGCAAGAGUGCGGUGCAUUUGGACCAGAUAGGUCCCGUAAGCAUAGCCUGCUGUGGCAAACGGAUGGCUGUUCGUCGAGGCGGUAUAACGAGGUAAACACAAACUAUGAACAAGCGCAUUCAAUCGCUACAUCCAUGAUCGAUUCCGAGCACGACUAUCGCGGGCCCAAGUUGCUUGCGAGACAAAAUCUGCGUCAGCAGUGCGAACUGUUGCAGCUAGCGGAAGCGGAAAUGUCGAACAUUUUCUUCGGUGAACCGGAACGGCAGAAGGAAUCGGUGGAUUAUUACUCCGCCAUAGGUGGAUUAUCCUGUAAGCACAAUAAAACGCUUACCUUCAUCAGUAUGGAUAGCACGCUGUAUCAUGCGUUCGGCGAACGGCUAGGGGUGGAUGUGUUGCACGAGCCUAAUCGUACCGUUGCAUUUAUCGUGGAUCCUACCGAUGAGUCGGCGUAUGUGUUGCGUGAUCCGAUUAAUCUUCAUACUUUGUCGAAAUUCGUACACGAUUACUACAAUCGAUCCUUGGCACGCUUUCUGCGAUCGAAGAACACGACUUAUGAACACAGUCACACGUUCAAUGCUGUAAAGUUUGUAGAACAAGAUCAGCUAUAUCUUGACCUUCAUCGGACGUUGCUGGAUGCGGCCGAAGCAAAGGCCAAAGCGGAAAAGGCAUCUCAUCAGCGGGUGACGAAAGGGACAGAAAAGCAAACAAACAGUGAAACAACCAAUACAUCCGAAUCGGAACACCCAUCAGUGCCACCUAGUGGUCCCGAAGAACCGGAACGAGUUCGUGCUCCGCGCACCUAUCAUCGUGUGAGAGAGAUUUACUCGAGUAAUUUCCAGCGCACCGUACUCGACUCGAACCGCACCGUGGUGGUUAGCUUCUACUCAGCCCAGUGUGCCUUCUGCUACAUACAAGCGCACCACCUGCUCACGGUAUCACGCAUGUUGCGACAUCAACCGAACCUUUGGUUUGUCCGAAUAGAUGGUGAACUGAACGAUCUGCCCUGGGAGUACACGAUGGAUGUGUUUCCAUCGCUUUUAAUUUUCCCAAAUGGAAGAAAAGCGGAAAGUCGAAUCUUUCCCGAAGCGUUGAAAGUCAACGUACCCAACAUAAUCGGAUUCAUACUUUCCAAUCUAUCUCCGGCCGAACGAUUGCAUGCCAAUUUUUUGCUUUGUUCCAAUGUGAACAAAGCAUCGCUCAACGAUUGCCUGCAUAUGCUCAAGUGGGAACUUACCGACGGCAUUCGGUUGAGUUUGCUGGAAUGGCGCCGUCACACAGCGAACACGUGCGAACGCGAUCGAAUCGUGCGCCGGUUGCAGCUGUUAAAACAAUCGUAUCUGGGCACCCUGCGCUGUCUUAGUCAUUCCUGUGAUCUUACACAAUUGGUAAACGUUAGGAAGCGUAUCCUUGACCUGUGGACGGGAGAGCACUGCCGCAGCAGGGAGGGAUCGCUGUGA